UUGCCCCUUUCUCCUCCUCAUCCUCCUCUUCUUGCCAGUCUGCACUUAGAAUUCUGUGCCACUUUCCUGAAGACUGUUGGGAGCUUCUGAAGCUUUCCGUCCUGUGUGCCUCAGAUUAGACAGCAAUUCCACAGAGUCCCGGAAGUUAAAGAAGGCUGAGUUAGGAUUGUUUCCUCAUGGUCAGGGAAACAGCCUUCACAUUUGCAUAUUUUAUGCAGUAUUUAGGGCAGGAUUCAGGGGCUUGGGAUUCUUUGGGAUUUGCAAUAAGAAGAAUAUUCAAUAUUUAGGCUUUUCUAAAUUGAAAAAUCGCUGCCACACAUUCUAAUGUAAUUGUUUGGUUUCUCUAUUUGCAUUUUGCGGGGACUGCCUUAAAACUCAUUUAUUGUUUUAUGGCCUUCUAUUAUGGCUACCAUUGUUACAUGAUUUUAUUUAUAGAAAUUGGCUGAUCUAGAACUUUCAGAAAUCAUACUAAUAUGCACUAUAAAUUUUAAAAUUACUUAAUGUAGUAAUUUAAUGUUUGCAGUAUGCAAGGGAAUGUAUUACGUACUGGAAGGAGAGGGGAGACAAACACCAGACCCUGUACUCAAGGAGUACUGGUAGUAUCAUUUAUCAUGCAAGACAGAUAAGAUAAGGUCCAUAAACAGAGCUAUAAACAGAUGCUGUGAGUUCAGACUAAGGAUAAUCAGUUCUUGCUGUAGGUAAGGCGAAUGCUGUGUUUAUAAAGCAAAUGACAUGGAAACUGGAUCUUGAAGGAUGAGUUAGGUACAAUCAUUGGUUUGAUGGGAUGGCACUGCUUCACCAGUUCAGGAUGGCAAAGGGCACAGUGACAUACAGGAGCAAGUUUCUACAGAGUGAUACAUAUAAGGCCAAUAGUGCUAAAAACCGAAUUGUGAUGUCAGAAUUUGGCACACUGGCUCUCUCGGAUCCAUGCAAGACUGUUUUUGAACGUUUCAUGUCCAGGUUUGAGCUGCCUGGUAAAGCUGCAGCCAUGACUGACAACACUAAUGUCAACUAUGUGCAGUACAAGGGUGAUUACUACCUCUGCACUGAGACCAACUUUAUGAAUAAAGUGGACAUUGAAACUCUGGAAAAGACAGAAAAGGUAGAUUGGAGCAAAUUUAUUGCUGUGAAUGGAGCAACUGCACAUCCUCAUUACGACCCGGAUGGAACAGCAUACAAUAUGGGGAACUCCUUUGGGCCAUUUGGUUUCUCCUAUAAGGUUAUUCGGGUUCCUCCAGAGAAGGUGGACCUUGAGGAGACCAUCCAUGGAGCCCAGGUGAUAUGUUCUAUUGCUCCUACAGAGAAGGGGAAACCUUCUUACUACCAUAGCUUUGGAAUGACAAGGAACUAUAUUAUUUUCAUUGAACAACCUCUAAAGAUGAACCUGUGGAAAAUUGCCACUUCUAAAAUUCGAGGAAAGGCCUUUUCAGAUGGGAUAAGCUGGGAACCCCAGUGUAAUACACGGUUUCAUGUGGUGGAUAAACACACUGGACAGCUUCUUCCAGGGAGAUACUACAGCAAACCUUUUGUUGCAUUUCAUCAAAUCAAUGCCUUUGAGGACCAGGGCUGUGUUAUAAUUGAUUUGUGCUGUCAAGAUAAUGGAAGAAUCCUAGAAGUUUACCAGUUACAGAAUCUCAGGAAGGCUGGGGAAGAGCUUGAUCAGGUCUAUAAUUCAGCAGGCAGAUCUUUCCCUCGAAGAUUUGUUUUGCCUUUAAAUGUCAGUUUGAAUGCCCCUGAGGGAGACAACCUGAGUCCAUUGUCCUAUACUUCAGCCAGUGCUGUGAAACAGGCUGAUGGAACGAUCUGGUGCUCUCAUGAAAAUCUACAUCAGGAGGACCUAGAAAAGGAAGGAGGCAUUGAAUUUCCUCAGAUCUACUAUGGUCAAUUCAGUGGCAAAAAGUAUCGUUUCUUUUAUGGCUGUGGCUUUCGGCAUUUGGUGGGGGAUUCUCUGAUCAAGGUUGAUGUGGUGAAUAAGACACUGAAGGUUUGGAGAGAAGAUGGCUUUUAUCCCUCAGAACCUGUUUUUGUUCCAGUACCAGGAACCAAUGAAGAAGAUGGUGGGGUUAUUCUUUCUGUGGUGAUCACUCCCAACCAGAAUGAAAGCAAUUUUCUCCUAGUUUUGGAUGCCAAGAACUUUGAAGAGUUGGGCCGAGCAGAGGUACCUGUGCAGAUGCCUUAUGGAUUCCAUGGUACCUUCAUACCCAUCUGAUGGGACAACCACAGGGUCUGGAAACUAGGUUUAAAAUAAGUGUGCACUUGGACAUAAAGACUAGAGCAAUAGACACUGAGGACACCAAAAGGGGGGCAAGGAGGAAGAGGGGCAGGGGUUAAAAAGCUACCGAUUGAAUACUAUGUUUCCUAUUUGGGUGAUGGGAUCAUUAGAAGCCCAAACCUCAGCAUCACACAAUAUACUCAUGUAACAAGUCUGCACAUGUACCCCAGAAUCUAACAUAAAAAUAAAAAGAAAAACAAAGAAUGUACU